UCAACUCUACAUCCUAUAUUCUCAACUUCCCGAUCAUCGCACCUACAUACCAUGCUUCCGCCAUCAAACCAACCACCACCGCCACCGUUCUUCUGGGGCGAAACCCCAGAAGAAGAAUACUACAAAUCACAAGGCGUACGUAACUCCAAAUCCUACUUCCAAACUCCAUACGACGCCAAAAUCUUCACUCAGUCGUGGCACCCUCUAGACCAAAACCAGCCCAUCAAAGCAGUGGUCUUCAUGACCCAUGGAUACACAUCCGACACCAGUUGGGUUUUCCAAAAUAUAUGUAUCGCCUAUGCAAAAUGGGGAUACGCCGUGUACGCUGCCGACCUUAUUGGUCACGGCCGCUCAGAUGGAAUCAGGGGAUAUAUUGGAGACAUGGACAAAGCUGCCGCGACAUCAUUAUCGUACUUUGUUAGUGUUCGUCGUAGCGAAGAGUAUCGUGAUAUCCCGGCUUUCCUUUUAGGGGAAUCUAUGGGGGGGAUGAUCACUAUGCUUAUGUAUUUACAAUCUGAUCCAGGAACCUGGUCUGGCUUGAUCUUCACUGCCCCACUUUUUGUCACACCCGAAGUUUCGACUCCAUCUAAGCUACACUUGACGAUGUACGGGCUACUGUUUGGACUUGCGGAUACAUGGGAUGUGAUGCCAGAACCUCGAAAGGGACCAAGGCUAGUAAGGGAUGCCGAGAAAGAGAGGAUACGAGCAUUGAACCCAAAAAUGUAUGUGGGAAAGCCACGGGUCGGGACGAUGAGAGAGGUCGUGAGAGUGACAAGUUACUUGCAACAAAACUUUGACAAGGUUAAGAUCCCAUUUUUUGUAGCACACGGGACUUCCGACAUGUUGGCAUGCCCUAGUGGGCCGGAGAUGUUGUACAAGAAGGCCGCGACUCCGAAGGAGGACAAGAUGUUGAAAUUGUAUGAAGGAAUGCACCAUUCGUUGAUCAAUGGGGAACCUGAUGAAAAUACUAAGCUUGUGUUAGCGGACAUGAAAACUUGGAUUGACGAGAAGUCUCAAAAGUUUGGGCCUCGAUGAUGAUUUGAUGGGGAGCCAACAAGUUACUGUCUUAUUGAUGAUGUUAUAUUAUCCUUCGGAUCAAGCAAUGUUAUACUCGUAUUAUAUUCUCUUCAACUUUCUCUUAAAUAUGUUUCCAACAAUUCUUAAUUUGAAGUAUCAAUUUUUUUAUUUCGAACAAUGUAAACUAUU